AUGGUCUGUCCCAAUGAAGUACACGAUGUUUUGUUUAGUAAAGCUAGAGUUGUGUUGAAUAAUAAUGUCAAGCGUCUUUGGUUUAAGAUCAACCCAUUCCUAGAAAGGAAAGACACUUUGAAGGGAUUCAGUCAGCCAGAGCAGUUGAGUAAAUUUGUGAAAUUAUUGCAGUCAAGUGUUGGUUGUGAGCAGUAUUUUUCAGACGAGUUAACAACAUUCCAUGAUGUCACCAUAGAAGAAUUCUGGGAUUUCCUGUAUUCUGACAAAUGGUCCCAUGGUUGUUCUAUACGGAUACUGGAAGGCCAACUGUUGGAUUAUCUCAUCACAGCUCUGUAUGUCCUGGAGAAGACAAAUAUCAUAGGACAUCACAACACAUUUGCUUUUGCUAGGAACCAGCGAGAAAGACGCGCCUGUUAUAAACUAUCCAAUGAAGAAAAGGGGUGUAGAAUAAUAGAGGAAACCUUGUUAUUAGAAUUUACGUAUUAUGGACGGAAAACAGAGAAGAAGUCUAAAGACACGCCCUCUACUACAACCGAGACAACAACUGAAUCCACAUUUCACACUAUUAAAGAGGUGGAGGAGGAAUCAGACGAGAUUGCCACAAUGCAAAUUCUCUCCAGGUCAAGGAAAAGGAAGCAGAGUAUAUUUCGUUACAAUUUCGACCCAUAUUCGUCACACUCCUUCAAAAGGAAUUCCAUGUUUAUAUCAUCUGAUAACAAAGAGGAAAUGAAUGAUAUUUCUAGACGUUUAGAGUAUAUGGUAAAAACAGGAUGUGUAAAGAAUAACCGAGAUGAUAUAGACAACACUCUUAGGAACUGGAAAGAACAUGAAUCUGGUAAUAAUGAAGACACUAUGUCAGAAAAAACUGCAGCAGGGAAUGCAUCGGACAAACCAAAUGUAGAAAUCAUACCACAGAUCCUACGAGCUGACAAAAAGUCAAAUCAGACAAGUCCGGAUAAUAAAGAUAAACUGAAAGCAAGACCACUUAACCUGGCAAAAUUUGCCUGUACUGAUAAGGAUGUGUAUGGGGAUGGGUUAGAUGUGCAGGUAGUGGAUGAUGUCAACACUUUGGAAAACGUUGACACCGGCGAAGAAUUCUAUCUAGGAGAAAACAUAAUAAAAACUUUAACAGACGAUAUAAACGUUCAAGAAAAACUAAGAACGAAACUCAAAGAUAAACAGAAAAUGCGCGAGGAGAAAAAAGCCAUAGAAGUGGACUGGCAGAAACACCAUCAAGGUUUGCCGAAGUACAAAGAAAUAGAUUUUAGCCUAUACACAAACAUGAAAAAAAUUCAAAAAAUACCACAACGAGUUCCAACAUUUGAAGAAUUCCUAAAUACCCUAGAAGAAGAAGAAAAGUACGAUCCAAGAUUUCGACGAGCUAAACAAAUGUCCAAGAAGGUAGCGAAACGUUACAAUAUCGAAAGGGAGGCAUUGAAAACAAAAAUAUCUGAUAUACCAUUAGCAGAAGAGUCGAGUCCGGAAGAUGACAUCAAAUUGCCACCAAUAGGUAUAAAACAAGGACAAUUAAAAUAUAGACAAAAUACCAUAGGAUUUGCUGAAGAAGUAGGUGGUGUGACAGAUUCGAAAGCUUGCGAAAGAUGGGUAAUAGAUCAGCAACAAACGUUUAGAAAAAGGGCACCAAGCAGACGGUUUACUGCAGUUUCGGAUGAGGAUGAAAGAGAAAGGUCCGUUUCUUUUGAAUAUGAGUCAACAUUAUAUGAUUUUGAUUUGUUGAGGCGUGAAUCAUCUGUUGAAUCUGACAUUCCUCUAGUUUUUCUAACUUCUGCUUCAGGAACACUCACAGAACUUCUGCACGAAGAAGAACAAGAAAAUGUUGACAAUAUAACACCUCAAAUAACCGAGACAAAAACGACUAUUUCUACGCUUUCGUCUCCGUUAAUACUAAAAAAUAAGUUGACGAGUAAAAAAAAGUCAAUAAAAGAAGCUAAAUCUAAGAAACCACCCCUUUUGAAAAAACCUCUUCCAAAGCAAUUGGAAGUCAAAUCUCCUGAAACUGAAACAGAUGAAGAACAAGAAAAGGAAUUGUUUGAUUCUAAAAAGCUGAAUUUAAAAUAUAGUUUCGAAAGGUUAAGAGGAAAACAGAUUAGAAAGAAGCAGCCGUCAUUCAUUGAAGUCCUAAAAAAAUACUACAAAAUUCAAAAAGUGGUAAACAAAUUCACAUCACAAAAGAAAGGUGGUAGAAGGAGAGGAAUAUUUGCCAGGUUGAUGAAGUUACCGAUGGAUGAACACAAAGACGAAUUACAAACUAUCGGCACACUAAAGAAGUUUGAUUUUCUACAGCGCAAAGCUCCACAAUUAACCCAGGGAGAAAACGUCUCGUUUGCUUCGGUAUCAAUGCUCGAUUUUACAGCAAAUGUUCUUAAAGCUUUAGAUGACUUUGUUGUCAGGAAGGAACAAGUAGUUUCGGAUUAUCAUUCCAAGACCUCCAUGACCAUCACAUUCACCAGGAAAUCUGUUUUCAAGAUGAAACUAGCUUAAUUUUAAGUUUAUGGUCGGAAACCCGAAAUAGGUAUUUGGGGGGG